GUAGUAACACCUCUACGAAAGAGCCACGCAAAUCUGCUAUUUAUGAAAGAUCGAGCCAUGCGAAGGAACGAACCUUGGAAGAGAAUGGGCAAGCGCAGAUCCAUUCUGAGCUCCGUUCUAGUGGCGGCCUGUGUGAGCUUUUUGGUGGUGUACAACUAUCUCCUUUCCACCUCGCUGCCUCCUCAACAACUUCAUUCGCUUAGACACAUGCACUCUUCUCUGCCGGUCAAAAUUUUCAUGUACGAUCUACCGUACAACUUCACAUAUGGCGUCAUAGAACAGUACCUUGCGGCCCGCGGAGUCCCCAUAAAAAACCAUUCGGACCUCCACUACCCCGGCAAUCAGCACAGCGCCGAGUGGUUCCUCUUCCGCGACCUCCUCCGCCCCUCAGAUGACAGAAGAUCAAAUUACGUAUCCGUCACUUUGGAUCCCUUUGAGGCCGACCUUUUCUACGUGCCCUUCUUUUCGUCCUUAAGCCUGGUAGUGAAUCCCGUCAGACAAGAAGCAGGGGAUAAUUCAUACAGUGACGAUGAAAUGCAGGAGCAGCUGGUUGCUUGGCUGGAGAAGCAGCACUUCUGGCGGAGGCACCGAGGGCGGGACCAUGUGAUCGUGUGCCAAGACCCCAAUGCGCUUUCUAAGGUCAUUCACAGGCUGGAGAACGCCGUGCUUCUUGUUUCGGAUUUCGGUAGAUUGAAGGCGGAACAGGCUUCUCUCGUCAAGGAUGUGGUGAUACCGUAUUCUCACCGUAUUAAUGUUUAUAAUGGAGAUAUUGGGCUUCAGAAAAGGCAUUCUUUGUUGUUUUUCAUGGGGAACAGGUUUAGAAAGGAGGGUGGAAAGGUGCGGAAUAUACUAUUUCAGACACUGGAGGGUGAGGAUGAUAUGAUAAUAAAGCAUGGGACACAAUCAAGAGAAAGCCGGCGUCUAGCGACUCAAGGAAUGCACACAUCAAAAUUCUGUUUGCAUCCCGCAGGAGACACACCUUCUGCAUGCCGUUUAUUUGAUGCUAUAGUGAGCUUGUGUGUACCAGUCAUUGUCAGUGAUGAUAUUGAAUUGCCUUUCGAAGAUGUGAUAGACUAUUCAAAAAUUGCAAUCUUUGUAGCAUCUUCUGAUGCGGUGCAACCAGGAUACUUGGCAUCAAUGUUGAGGAGUGUGACCUUAGAGCAGAUUCUUCAAUAUCAAAGAGAACUGAAAAAGGUGAAAAAAUAUUUUGAUUAUUUGGAGCCUGAUGGAGCAGUCAAUGAAAUUUGGCGCCAGGUGGCUUCAAAGGUUCAUUCUAUAAAAUUAAUGAUUCAUCGGGAGAAACGCAUUGUCAAAAAAGAGGAGGCUAAAUUAGAUUGCUCGUGCCUCUGUUUAAAUAGAAAUUAUUCCUCACAAACUGGAUUGCAAUGAGACAACACCAACAUAAUUCUUCAAGCGUACAUCUCUCGCGAGCUUAUUAUCUCCAUAACGCGUGGGAUAUGACAGUUGAUCAAUUGUAAAGAAAUAAGGUUCAAUUUUGUGAUGCUACUCACAGGAAAAUCUGAUGGCUAUACCCCUAGCUAACUCUGUAAGAUCUCUUCUUCUGUUUAUGGAUCUUAUGUCAACUGAUGCAAUAGUUUUGUAAGGAUGAGGUGAUAUUCUAUUCUGAGCUCAUGGAUGGUUGAUCAGUCUUAUAGUCUGGUGCAAUGAUAAACUGAUAAAUUUCAGUUUUGGUCAACACCAGAAGGAAGAGUGCAAAACUGGAUGAAGGGAAUCAUCUGUUGUACUUUAAUUAACUGUCUAGCAUGAACAACUACUUAUUGAUCAACCAAAGACAACUGCUCUGCCAUGGGCCUUCUUAUUAUUCAGACUACAACAAAUUUUUACUGAUUUGUUACUUUUUUCAUUUAUUAAUUUUUUGAGCUGAAAUUCUCAGACA